CUGGCCUUGGGCCGGGCGGCUCCUCCCUACUGGGCGGCCGAGGGAGGCAGGGCGGGGCACCGAGUCCUAGCGCAACCCGGCCCAGCCCAGUCCUCGCAGCCACCAGGGUCCAGGCGGAUCUCACGGUCCCGAACAGCACAAGGUCCCAGCAGCUGGGGUUUCCCCUCAGCCCUUGAGCGGCCAUGUCCAAUCCCACUGCCCCACCUCCCUAUGAGGACCGAAAUCCUCUGUACCCUGGUCCUCCACCUCCUGGGGGCUACGGGCAGCCAUCUGUCCUGCCAGGUGGAUACCCUGCCUACCCUGCCUACCCCCAACCAGGUUACAGUCACCCUGCUGGCUACCCACAGCCGAUGCCUCCCAUCCGUCCAAUGCCCAUGAGCUACGGCCAUGACUAUAGUGGAGAGGAGAGAGCUGUAAGUGACAACUUUGGUCCUGGAGAAUGGGAUGACAGGAAAGUCCGACAUACCUUCAUCCGAAAGGUCUACUCUAUCAUUUCCGUCCAGCUGCUCAUCACGGUGGCCAUCAUUGCUAUCUUCACCUUUGUGACACCAGUCAGUGAGUUCGUGAGGAGGAAUGUGGCUGUGUACUACGUGUCCUAUGCUGUCUUCAUCAUCACCUACCUAAUCCUUGCCUGCUGCCAGGGACCCAGACGCCGGUUUCCAUGGAAUAUCAUCCUGUUGACUCUCUUUACUCUGGCCUUGGGCUUUAUGACAGGCACCAUUUCCAGUAUGUACCAAACCAAAGCCGUCAUCAUAGCAAUGAUCAUCACUGCUGUGGUAUCCAUUUCUGUCACCAUCUUCUGCUUUCAGACUAAGGUGGACUUCACCUCAUGUACAGGCCUCUUCUGUGUCAUGGGAAUUGUGCUGAUGGUGACUGGGAUUGUUACUGGCAUUGUGCUAGCAUUCAACUAUAUUUACUGGCUCCACAUGCUCUAUGCUGCUCUGGGGGCCAUCUGCUUCACCCUGUUCCUGGCUUACGAUACACAGCUGGUCCUGGGGAACCGGAGGCACACCAUCAGCCCGGAGGACUACAUCACAGGUGCCCUGCAGAUCUACACUGAUAUAGUCUACAUCUUCACCUUUGUGCUACAGCUGGUGGGGAGUCGAGACUGAGAGCUACUCCCUUCUCUGGCCUGGGACUCAUCCUUUCCUAUUGGGCUGGUCCCUAGUUCCCUCUCCCCUCAAGUAAACUGCCCAGUUUCCUCUCUGUCCUGGGGGGGGGGGGGGAGGGCCUCUGGCUGUAUUAUGUGAGAACCAAGGGUGCUGAAGUUACAACUCUUGCCCUUGGUGGGCUUGGUAAAGACUAGACUGAAGUUGUAUCUCUUCCUCUUUACCCACAGUGAGCAUGCACAAAACUUUUAGUAUGCAUGUGGUGGGGGAGUGGGGAGCCUGUGAACACAGGAGCUUCAAGGUGAAGAGGCUCCCGUCCUGCCUCGGCCGUAGGGUUCUAGGCUAGGGAGCUGGAGCUGUUCCCCUCCUGGAUCCAAUAAAGCCAGAUACCUUGCCCCCCCACUCCAGCACUCACGGCCACUUACCCUGUCAGAACUCUUGGGCUUGGCAUCUCGUAGCUCUGGAAGCUAGGAGAUCUGUGCCCUGCGGUCUCCCUGUUCCAACCCCAUCCUCCAGUAACAUGUAUAGAUUAUUUAUCUGGGUUAGGGGGAAGACAGUGAGCAAAGUUCAUUCAGUGUGGUGGGUUACGAAUGGCAUCCACUUGGCUGGUACCCAUCUUGCCUACCAACCAGGCCCAAAGUGCUGAGGGCCUUCCGAGGCUUCCAAAGAGGCCCCUACUUCCUCUGCUUAGCCACUCGGGAGGUGUGAGAUGGAGGUCAGCCAGUGCGGUGGUCUGUAGGAGCCUGAGUGUGGCUGGGAAGGAGUCUAGGGAAGACAUGGGUGGGGACAGGGGAAGUAAGUGCCUUGGGUCCCCUCUCUGGCCAAGAAGCCACUCUGGUACCUAGUGAUCUUCCCUUCUAACACAAGUUCAGUCUGCUCUGAACUGCUGGGAGGUUUUAGACGAGAACCCCCUCUCCAAGCUAGCUACUGCUUUCUGUAUAAUCCAAGCGCCUCCAGGUGGUACCAGGGUGGAGGCAGAAGCCAGUUUAUCAGGUGGGGUGGGAAGCCUUCUUAGCCCAAAGACAGAAUUAGAGCUAUUCUGUCCAGCACUUGAUUCGGAAUAUAUCACAAAGGGACACAACUAGAAAUGUAAUAAAGUUUUAUGUUGGCAUUGA